AUGAUUUCAGGUAAUUGGAAACCCGGGUUAACGAAUUUGAAGAACGUGUACUAUGGUCCAGGAUGUGUCGCGAAGUACUUGCUUAAUGCUCUAGAACGCUCAUCGUCUAAGGUUUUCAUCAUCACCGGUAACUCGUUAGCGACAAAAACCCCUCUAGUGCAUCGACUCGAGACACUGUUGGGAGAUCAUCACGCAGGGACGUUUUCUGAAAUUCGGCAACACGGUCCCUUGGAAGAUGUAGAUCGAGCCGUGGCUGCCAUCUUAAGUUGCGGUGAGGGGGUCGAAACGAUCCUAUCUUUAGGUGGAGGUUCUCCGAUCGACACGGCAAAGGUCAUCUCCUUGCGUGUGAAGGAAACGCGAGGGACAUUUCUAACUCAUCUGACCGUCCCGACUACACUUAGUGCAGCUGAAUGCACCUCUGGGGGCGGAUAUACUAAGCCUGAUGGAGUCAAGAUUGGCUUUCGCAAACCAGAGAUGGGUGUUUCUGCCAUCUUUUAUGACUCGUAUUUCGCACAGUACACGCCCAAGGACCUUUGGUUGAGUACCGGAAUGCGAGCGAUGGACCAUGCUAUCGAAUGUAUGUACCAUCCGGACUCAGCUGAGGUACCCUGGAAGGCUCUAUCACAAUGGGCCGUUAGGGAGCUGUUCAAGUGUCUGCCCCUAGCCAGAGACUCUCAUCCUCAUGACAACAAUAUUACUACUCGACUCAUGUUGGCAGCUUAUGCCAGUUCGGGAUUGAAAGGUGAAAAUCUCCCAGGUGGAAUGGGGCUGUCACACAGUUUAGGCUACGCACUCGGAAGUCCGUACAACAUCCCACAUGGUUUUGCUUCAUGCAUGACAUUAGGAAAAGUUAUAAAGCUGAAGGCACAUGAAUCACGGGUAAAUGCCAGUCAAAUUGCUCGUCUUUUAGGGGCAACCGGAGGCAAUCCUACAGGCGACGAUUUGAAAGAUGCUCUUGAAGUUGGUGAUCGUGUAUUAGCUCUUGUGCAAUCUCUAAAGCUUGAUGUCGGCAAUCUCUCAAGUCGUGGGAUCAGCAGCGGUGAAGUACAAAUAAUAGUGCAGAGAGCAUUGAGUGGAAUCACCGAAGGACCCUUGUAUAAACCCGUGGAAGAACUAGUACAGUCCUUAUUCUAG